GGAAAAUGAAUGGCUCUGAAUUCUCUAAAGAAAGUGCCCCCUUAAGAGUCAUCAACUUGGAGAACUAUUGGAAUGGAACGGAAUAGGAACAAAUGUUCAGCUCCCCCCGUGUUUAAGGUUUUGUCCAAAUGACGAAGACCUUUGUGUCCUUUAGUUGUUGAGAAAAGUCAAUUCUCUUCCAAUACCUGGGGAGAUGAUUGGUGAUCUUGACAUAUAUAAUUUUGACCCUUGGGAUCUUCCUGGUAAGUUCAAUUAUAAAUAAUCAUACGGCAGUAGAACUUAUAACCCAUCCAAUCUGCUUAUGAAAUAUUAAAGCACAUCAUACGAACGCUUGAGUUUGGCUCUACUAUCUUACUUGGGUACAAUCAAAUCAGAGUAUUGUUAAACCAUUUAAACAUGUUACUCAUUUUGUCAUCUUUCUUGGGAUAAGUUAUGUCAGACUUAAAAUCAGAACUAAAAUAAUAAUGCCUAUUCAUAUAUUUAAGCUUUUAUCUACAUAAUAUGUUGGUGUUGUCGAUUGUGAUACAAUAGAAUGUGAAUAGUGUGACUUAAAAUCAGAACUAAACACACCACAUUUAUUUAUAUAUCUAUGCUUGCAUGAUUGUAUCUGCAUAAUUUGGUGGGAUUGAAUCUUAUGAUACAGUAUAAUAUAUACAAUAUGCUACAUAUAUCUACAACCGUCCUUUAUCGACUGGGAUGGUUGAGAUAAAUCAAUUCACAUUGUCAAAUUUAUUGAGGAGUAGGGUCAUUCAUCAAAACAUUUCCUUAGUGGCAAUCAACGAUGGUAUUACAUAUAGCAACAUGUAAUGCUAAACUUUCCCUCAUUUUCACUAUUCAAUUUGUAACCCCUACAAUUCUUUAAAUAUGUUUGAAGUUCAGAGCCAUUUGUUGAUCUUUCUUUCUGUCUUUUGAUUUUUUCUUUCUUUUUCAAUACAGUUUGUAUUAAUUGCUCUUGAUAUUGAUAAUUUGAUAGAGCUCAGUUAGUAUUUUUUCUUUGUAUUAUAUUUCUUUGCUUUUAGCUAAAAGAAAUGGCCUGCUUGCAGUAGAUGCAUUCUUCGGCAAAGGCAUGUGGUAUUCUUUCAUGCAAAGAAAGAAAAAGUUCAAGACAGGAACCAAGGCAAACAGAAUUACACCUAAUGGGCAUUGGUUGCUCACCAACAGUAAUGAAGUGAUCCACAACGGCAUUGUGAUAGCCCGAAAGGCCAAUUUAGUAUUUCAUGUGAGAUCGAAUAAAGAAAAGACCCCCUGGCUUUUAAAAGAGUAUCAUGUGCCCGUGGCCAAUGAGACUCUAAAAUUGGUGAAAGAUGGUGAGGAGUUAAUUGAAUGGGUCCUUUGUAAAGUUCACAAAGGUCGCCGCUGUGGCAAACGCCGUGCUAAGAAACAAAACUGCCCCAGACAAAGGACUUCUAUUGGGAAACGCAGCGCUAAGAAACAAAACAGUUCCACGCAAAGGGCUAAAAGACGAAGACAAUUAGCCAACACCACAACAGAAUCUUUAAUUUAUGACAUAUCUCAACUGGUAAAGGAAGACAUCCCUGAAUUGGCGAAGGAGAUUCAGAGUAAUGGUAGAGACAAAAUGGGUGACACUCAUGAGGUUGAUGCAAAAGAGGAGAUAGAAGAUGCUGAGAUAGAGGAACUCAUAUUAGAUUGCUAUCGUGAGCUUUCAUCUAGUACUUUGGAGAUGCAAGUUGAUGCUAUGGAUGGACUCAUAUGUGCUUAUGGUACUGAGCUCUCUUCUAAUAAUUCAGAUGACCUUGAUUUACCAGUUUUGACACAGUUAGAAGAAGAAAAUCAAGGUGAUGGGAUUGUUGAAACUGAUUUACCAGCUUAGACACAAUUAACAGAAGAAGAAAAUCAACGUGAUGGGAUUGCUGAAACUGAUUUACCAGCUUUGGAACAAUUAACCAGAGAAGAAAACCAAGGUGAUGGGACUGCUUAAACCUCAAGGCAUUCUUUUUUUGAUGCCUAUAGUAGUACAUAUGAAUCACAGGCUUUGACACAAUACGAAGAAGAUAAGUUUUGGUAUCCCGAUCCGCUAAUUUUAGAUGACUGCUACAUGCCUAUGGAUCAAUCUGGACUCCCUUCCCUUCCUAGCAGCGAGGGUUUGGCCUCAGAGGUAGCUCAUUUUGGUAUUUGGGGAGAGAGUUGGCCCAUGUUCCAGUAGCUCUGGGAAGACAGUUGGCCCUUGUUCUAGUGCUUCCUCCACAAUGGGGAACUAGCACAUUCUUCUUGGAUGAGUGGGUUUUACCUCAAUUGAAGAGUUGUUAUCGAUUGCUAUGCAAUGUAAAUGAGUGGGUUUUAC